GGCAACGCAAGCAGAGAAGCUGCCAUCCUAGAACCACCACCAGCAGCACUGCCACGCUCAGAGCUGAGCACCUAAGCAGCUUCAGCUACCACAAGUUUAGUCGAUCGGCAUCACUGAAGUCGUAAUGGCCUCCGCCAACAGCUGGACCCUCGAGAUCCCUUCGCCGGUGGCCGCGCCACGCCUGUUCCGCGCCGCCGUUAUUGACUGGCACAACCUGGCGCCCAAGGUCGCUUCCCACGUCGUCACCAGCGCCCACCCCGUGGAGGGCGAUGGCGGCGUUGGCAGCGUCAGGCAGUUCAACUUCACCUCAUUCAUGCCGUUCAGCUUCAUGAAGGAGAGGCUCGAUUUCCUGGACAUGGACAAGUGCGAGUGCAAGAACACGCUCGUCGAGGGCGGCGGCAUAGGCGUUGCCGUCGAGACCGCGGCGUCGCACAUCAAGGUGGAGCCCGCGGCCGACGGCGGCAGCGUGGUGAAGGUGGAGUCGACCUACAAGCUGCUGCCGGGCGUGGACGAGAAGGACGAGGAAGCCAAGGCCAAGGAGGCACUCACUGCUAUUUUCAAGGGUGCCGAGGCCUACCUCGUCGCCAACCCCGACGCCUACAACUAAAUUUUCUGGAUUGGGGUGCGACUCCCCUUCCCGGGUGGCCUUAUACAUAUUUUCUAUGUACGGAGAUUGUGUUUUCUUUCCAGUUCCUUUUUUUUUCAUGCAAAAUAAAUAAGGCUUUGUCCGGCGGACUGGCAACCUGGCAUGAUUCGAGUGAAUCCAUGCGUAUCAUGCAUGUAAAACGUGGUCUUGUUGCCAUUCCAUGAGGUUUAAUUCCCAUAUAUCAAAAUUACUGUUCGGAGCUUCAGACCAGAAAUAAGCAGACACACAAACUGAAGUGUCUAGUAUUUAUGGCAUGAAAAAUUUAUAUAUUGUGCUAUGUAAAGUCACACAUUGAGCCUUA